CCCCGCGGCAAAAUUUGAAAACGAUUCCGUGGAGGACGGUAGAAAAACUGACGAAACCAACACAAGGAAACAGGGAAGACUAAACAAAAAAGUCAUGGCUCCCCGGAAAAGGACGACAAAACAGGCCAAAAACAACCCCAAGAUGGCCAAACUGGAGGCUUUUCUGGAGGAUUUCGACAGCGAGGUGAAGACCAGAGUUGGACAAAUGAAGGAGAAGAUAAACCAGCUGCUGAAAGAUGUUGAUAACGGCUACAACAUGGCGCUGAUUAAGCUCCCCAAGGCUCUGAGACAAAUGAAUUGGAUUGAGCAUUGCAAGUCUGAAAAGCCAAAGUCACCAGAAGUGAAUGAUUCAAAGAGAGACGAAGAAGUGGCAAUUGUUGAGAGUGUUGUGGCUGAAGACCAUGCAGUUCUUCUGAAAACAGUCAAGAAAACAUCGAAGAAAAAAGCUGGAGCCAAAUCCAGUUCAGAGGAUGAAAAUACCCCUAAUGCUACAAGAAAGACGAAAGCUACAAGAAAGCCUCCAACUACAUCAAAGAGAGCAAAAGCGCUGUCAAUUAAUAAGCAAAACACAUCCAUCCGACGAUCAAGCAGGAAGCCUUUGGUCACACCUGCGAGGAGCAUGUUGGAUUCUUCGCUGAUGAUGGGCUCUACUCCCCUCGUCACCCCACGCUUUGACCCAAGGCUUCCUAAGACCCCUGCUGUGAGAGUUCCCCGCCACAAAGAGAGGGUCUAUAGCAUUUCAGUCAACGGCUCUCCUAUUUCAGCAGGCAAUGAGGACAUCGUCAUAAAUGUCCCCAUCGGCAAUGGAGAGAGCAUUCAGCUGUUGGCCAGUCAGAUGGACUCGGUGGAUCUGUCUCUGCUGGAUGAGACCGCUCUGAAGAGCAUUCGCCAGCUACAGAAUCGCCUCACAGCACUGUGUGGAACUACAGAGUGAUGUAAACAUCUGCUGCUGACUUGUACAAUAGUGUACAAUACUUUCUUUUUUUAAAAUUUUAAUCUUUGUGUCUUUUUAUGCAGAUUUUAUUUUAUUUUAUUUUUUACAAAUAGGGUAGAUUUCUAAACAUUAAAUAAAGACAUUCUAUGCUCACUUCAAUGACAAAUUAAAAGAAAACCCUGAUGUAAAUGAUGUUUUCCAGGAUGCCAAGCCCUUGUCAAAAGGGCACCAGGACUCUGAAUGGUUUGACAUUAAACAUGUUAUGACAGUCUUUCACAAGAUUUCAACCUAAUUAGACAUCUAGAAUUAGGACCAAAGGUGUUCGACCACUGUCCACUUCCAUCAGAGUUCAGAAUGUCCAAACAAAACCAAGGAGCACUGAAGUCGUUCUGAAAACACGGGGUUGAAGAACCUCUGUCUGUGACACUUGAUGUUUUUUUUGUUUAAUUUGUCAGCCAUCUAUAUGUCCAGCAAAAUGUGCAACCUCCUUGUAAAAUACUCCUGUCAAUGUAUAAAUGUGGACUGUUGUUUUACAAUUUACAUCUGUUUGUUUUUCUUGUGGUUUUUGUCUGGACUUAUAUUUCGAUUUUUAUUUUCUGCUGCUGGGCUGAUCCAUCAGGGAAUCCUCUAAAACUUCUCUCAUCCUGUUCUGUUAUCGCCUUUUAUUUCCUUUGGCCAGUUUUUAAUAAAAACUUUAAAAACUGAAAUUUACAACUGUCAACACUUGAGACUAUCGGACAUUUUCUGUUUUUGCUGUGGUCCAUACUAUGGUUUUAUUGCCUGUUCUUUUAUACCUACACUUGUUUCACUUUGUCAGUUGUCUAGAAGCUGUCAUGUUGAAAUACAACUGUAAAUACUGUCUGUAAAACUGAUAAAGGAACAUGAAUCCUA